CUGAUGUUCACCACAGGAAUGCUACCUUCAUGUCCUGCACACAAUUGAUUUAUUAAUUAAACAAUUUACUGUACAUGUUGAUAUGUCCAAGAUCACUUAAUUCACAUAAAUUUUAAUCUUUAUUGACCAUGAACAUUUUUUAAAAUUUUACUGUAAAAUAAAAAAAGUGACUGUAAAAUGUCUGUCUUGUCACCUCCUCCUCCUCCUCCUCCUCCUCCUCCUCUCUGCCUGAGCUGUGGUUUGGGGCCACCCUAAAGCCACUGCUCUGACUACCAGUAUGAAAACAGGCUUUGAGCAGGUGAGCUGUCAAGACAUUCAGGGGACGAGCCAUGCAAGUGGUGUACUGGGGUGCCAUCGUCGCCAUCUGCUUCAGCUUAGCAGGUGCUUCAGGAGACAAGAUCAUCAAAGGACAUGAGGUCAAACCGCACAGCCGACCCUACAUGGCUGCCUUGUAUGCUGGGAAGCCACAGAAGUUCAUAUGUGGAGGGUUCCUAAUUCUCCCUAACUAUGUCCUGACAGCUGCUCACUGCAAAAAAGAUAAAAUCAUUGUCUACCUGGGAUCUCAUAAUAUUUCCAAAAAAGAAAUGUCCAGGCAGAUGAUACCUGUACAGUCAAGUAUUCCUCAUGAAAAGUAUGAUCGAAAGACUUUGGCAAAUGACAUCAUGCUGCUGAAACUGAAGCAUAAAGCCAAGCUAACAAAUAAAGUGAGAACAAUUGGCAUUCCAAAGAGAGAUGUACCCGUUUGGCCUGGCACCAUCUGCUGGGUGGCUGGGUGGGGAUUCACCACUGAAAAUGGGAAGGAAAGCAGUGUGCUCAGGGAGGUGAAGGUGAAGGUCCAGGCACCUUGUGCGUCUGCAUCACAGAUCUGUGCCAGAGGUGCUGGCAUCAAAGGAGCCUGUGAGGGAGACUCUGGAGGUCCACUGGUUUGUCCAGACAACAUGAAAAUCCCCACUGCUGUUGGGAUUUUGUCCUUUGAAACUGACACCUGUGAGAAUUCUCUGAACAAAAACAUCUACGUCAGCGUGUCAGCCUACCGGGAGUGGAUUGAAAGAAAAAUCAAGUCCAGCUCAUCUAUGUGACGUGUCACCCAAUGGCGGGGUGAGACAUCAUAACUCAGCAGUGAGAAGAACAAAAAAAAAAUGAAAUCAAGCUGAAAUUGUAUUUGCAAUAUUUAAAUAAUGCACUGAAAUCUAUAUUUGUGCCGUACUUGUGAUCAGGAGAAAGCAUCACAAGCUUUAUAGGAAAUUAGAAUUUGCUAAAAAACAAGUGAUGUUAGUUAGAUGAGUAAUUUACAUACUAAGUCAUCCAUUUGUGAAUAAAGAAAUUCAAUAAUUUAAGGAGUCUAUUUGAUCCUGGGUUCAAAUCUUAGUCUGUGUGGGCUUUUAAAUGAACACAAGGCAUCAGUGCAAGUAAGGAUCCUGAAAGACAGGCAAGAGAUCCAAAAGUCCAAAAGUAACAUGGACGGCUCUGCUGGCAGUUGCCCAUAUCUGACAAGAAUUUUAUGCAUAUGUAAAUAUGUGAGUGGUUAAAAUGAAGAGGAUAUAUCACAAAGCCAGA